GCCGACAGGUAUAUUCGCUUUGUUGCAGUCGGGCGCGGCACGCUAAAAACGACGGAUUCAAGAUGCGUCACUACGCGAGUGCAUUCCUGCCGCACCUGCUUCUAGUACUAUCGGCUGCGUGCGCAGCGCAGAAGCCCCUUACUCUAGAAGAAUGCAAAGGUAAAGAACCGAGCCCCGCUUUCAAGAAUGUCACCAUUUCGCCUUGCGACAAAGAUCCUUGCGUGAUCAAGAGAGGCGAGAAAUACAACGUCAGCUUCUCCUUCGAAGCGACUAGCGACGCAGACUUCAUGUUGUUGACCACGGUGGACCAUCAGCACACCGACACGACCAAUAUCCAGUCUGCGCGCUCGAUAAGCUGCCACUUCGUCGACCUGCCCUGCAACGUGACCAAGGGGGAGGUCUACCGAGGAUCGGCGACACUCGUACUGUACGGUUUACACAUGCCCGGGAACAUGACCUACGAGCUUGACGUCGCCAGUGACCAAGAAACGUUCGCAUGCGGAGUCGCCACGCUGACCGUCGAAUGAACGGUUUCAUUGAAGACGAGUCACGUGACAUCGAGAAGAAACGCGCGGACUCAGCUUACCAUGGUUGCAUGAGCAGACUGCUGCCAAGCCGCUUUCGCCGUACGACAUGCAGCGAACUUGUAGCUUAUUUCUUCACUCAGUAUUUGUCUGUGCCAUUGACCUGGAAUCAACAUGCACUUUUAAUACUGCGUCCUCCUUAACGUUUGUUCUCGAUAUAGCUACCCGUAUUUGUCGAAAUGUACACCACUAAAUCGUUGCUAUGCAGCGUGCCCCUCAACAUGUGCUGAAUAAGUUUGCUGGCAUGACAAUGCUGAAGCGAAUAAAGGUGGCAGCAUGAUUGGAUUUGCAUGGUAUUUUUUUUUUAUACCAAGGGAUUAUUGGGAAAGUGGCAAGCAAAGCUACAGGGUUUUGUUGGCUGUUAUCCACUGCACGCGAAGUGCGGUUGCUUAUUUUCUUAAUGCCUUUUUUAAUAAUUUCUAUGCUGCCUGCUUUUAAGUUCAUGUGCCUUAUAAGCUAUUGUCCUACCGAUAGGAGGUCCCCCAUGACAGUUUUACUGUGGGAUGUACUCCUGGAGCACUUGAACACGGCCACACUUUUGUAUCUUUAUGCUGUUACAAUAAACUUCAAACGCCAACAUA